AUGGCCUGGGUUCAGCGGCCUCCAGAAAAGGUGACAAACGGGGAAGAGUUUAAUGUUUCAUACACGGUGACAGCCUCAGAUUCCUUCUACGAGUACACAGUUAAGAACAAGAUUUUCCAGUUCAGUAAUGCAUCAGAUGCAAAGAGGUUCUGCCAUGAACACGAGUGUCCGUCAAACUGGAAUAAUGCAGAUGAAACAAACUGCUGCGUGUAUCAUGCUAACAUCCAUUCUUGUCCUCUUGGUCUCAUGGUGAAAGGGGGAAUCUGUGGCCCGUGGAUCCCUGACGAUGGUAAAAUAGUGACUCACACUGUGUCUCAAGCUGGCAAGAUGACCCAAAAAUACUGGACUUCAAAGGUGGUGCUGAUCCAUGUAGGAGUCACUUCAGUCAUUGCACAUAUUAAAAUAGGACAGAUGCAUGCAGCGCUGGAGGCCAAAGUGCUUGUUGUCAGUGCUCAAGUUUGUGGAGAUGAUGUCUGUGAGCUGGAGGAGACCUGUCUCACCUGCCCUGCAGACUGUGGCAUCUGUCCCAUGUCCAUCGCUAUCAAGGUGGCCAUUGUGCUCCCUGUAGCUCUCUUUAGCAGCGGCUUCAUCCUAACCAUGGUGUGGCUCCAGUACCAGAAACAGAAGAUGCUUUGGGAUGAAAGCUGGGUCAUCAAUUACAAGAGCAUAAUAUUUGGCAGAGAGUGUUACCUGGGCCUUGGCAGCAUUGCCAGCCUGCAGCACUUCAAGAGUGACUCCAGUGUCAGUCGAACUACAGAUGUGACUGUGUGUACUGGAGUCAAUGCCCCCUUCAAACCAGGCUUCAUUCAGCCAGGCAUCUAUGAUGGGAGAACAGUGGCAGUAAAGCAUAUCCAGAAUAAGCAUUUCACCCUCUCUAAAACCAUUAGGAAAGAGGUGAAAGAAGUAAGGCAACUGGACCACCCAAAUCUGUGCAAGUUUAUUGGUGGUUCAGUGGAGGUCCCGUACGUCAGCAUUAUCACAGAGCACUGCCCCAAAGGCAGCCUGUCUGAUGUCCUGCUCAAUGAUGACAUCCCCAUCAACUGGGGCUUCAGGCUGUCCUUUGCCACUGACAUUGCUCGUGGGAUGUCCUACCUCCAUCAGCACAAGGUGUUUCAUGGGAGACUCCACUCCAGAAACUGUGUAGUUGAUGACCGCUGGGUGUGCAAAAUCUCAGAUUAUGGGCUCACAGCUUACAGAAGAGAGGACUCUGAUGUUGUCAGUAAUGGCUUUAAUUGUGGGGCUGUAAAUCGUAUUUACUGCGCCCCAGAGGUCUUACUGGGAAGCUGCUCUAAUAUGACACCAGCAGCAGAUAUCUACAGCUACUCCAUGAUUCUGGUUGAGAUUGCAACUCGCUCUGACCUCAUUUCAGCCGAAGGAGUGAGGAUGGACGUGAUGUGGCGCCCUCCCCUGCCUGAACUCAGAGCAGGGAAGACAGAUACAGACUGCCCCAGUCAGGGAGAGUACUGUGAGCUUAUCAAGAAGUGCUGGUGUCAUAAUGUCACCAUGAGGCCCACGUUUGAGCAGGUGAAGAAGAUGCUUGACAAAAUGAACCCGCACAAAGUCAGCCCUGUGGACAUGAUGAUGAACCUGAUGGAGAAGUACAGCAAACAUCUGGAGGCCAUAGUUGCUGAAAGGACACAGGACCUUCUUCAAGAGAAGCAGAAGACAGAUCGACUUUUAUACAGUAUGUUACCAAAACCAGUGGCUGAUGAUCUCAGACAAGGUCGAACAGCGGAGGCUCAGAGCUUCUCCAACGCCACCAUCUACUUCAGUGAUAUUGUUGGCUUUACUCAGCUGUCUGGAGCCAGCACUCCUUACCAGGUGGUGAACUUCCUCAACCAGCUCUACACAACCUUUGAUGACAUUAUUGACAAUUAUGAUGUCUACAAAGUGGAAACCAUAGGUGAUGCCUAUAUGGUGGUCUCAGGAGUCCCUCGAGAAAAUGGCAUCAAUCAUGCUGGAGAGAUAGCCAGCAUGGCUCUGGAUCUGGUCAGUGUCUGCCACAGUUUCAAGAUCCCUCACAAACCAAACACGCAGCUGAAGAUAAGAGCCGGUAUCCACUCAGGACCUGUGGUGGCAGGCGUGGUUGGUACCAAAAUGCCUCGCUACUGUCUAUUUGGGGACACUGUUAACACAGCGUCACGGAUGGAGUCAACCAGUGAAGCCCUGAAGAUCCAAGUGAGUGGUGCCACAGCAGACCUCCUUCACACGCUCAGAGGUUACGUUCUGACAUGCAGAGGAACUCUUAAUGUGAAGGGAAAAGGCGAGAUGACAACAUGGUGGCUAGAAGCAAAAAGAGACAAUGACACUGACCCACUGCUCAGAACAUCAGAAUCCAGAGAAGUCCCUGUGCCAGUCAGUGAUUAG